UAUGAGGCCCAACUUCUCCUUUCAAGAUGGCAGCAGCGAUGGAUGUUGAUACGCCGAGCGGCGCUAACAGCGGAGCUAGCAAGAAGCGGUUUGAAGUGAAGAAGUGGAAUGCUGUCGCGCUGUGGGCCUGGGACAUCGUGGUGGAUAACUGUGCCAUCUGUCGGAACCACAUCAUGGAUCUCUGUAUAGAGUGCCAGGCCAACCAAGCUUCUGCCACCUCUGAGGAGUGCACCGUAGCCUGGGGUGUCUGCAAUCAUGCAUUCCACUUCCACUGUAUUUCCCGCUGGCUGAAAACCAGACAGGUGUGCCCACUGGACAACAGGGAGUGGGAGUUUCAGAAAUAUGGACACUAGCUGUAUUGUUGCUGACCUCUUUCUGCGCUACAACAAGCAUCACCCUUACUCCUUCUCUGUUCCCUCCUGCGUGUAAGCAGUUAUUUUACGCCCUUGUCUUUGUUUUGGUAUGUUGUAAGUUCAAAAAUAAACAUGAAUAUUGUC